AUGGACGUCGUCCAAGAGAUUAUUACUUCGUGGCCCAAAGAUGAAGACACCUUGGAGGUGCAGAGAAGGGAGGAGUUGCUGUUUCAACAACCCAGUAUGGGUCCGGUGAAGUUGAGGAGUCACGAACCGAUCCAGGCAGUUCAUUUUGCGUCCGCUUUCAAACCCAUCAAGUUCGCACGGCCUGCUGGCAUUUAUGAGAGUCACCAUCUCCGUGUCGAAUGGCAGACGAUGGCAAAUUUUCGGCAACCAUUCUACCACCGAAAUGCAGACGUGGAUGAAUUGUCGUAUCAAGUCUGUGGUACGCGGACCCUCAUGACUGAGUACGGAACAGUCGAUCUUGAGCCAGGAGACUUCACCAGGAUUCCGGUCGGUGUUGCUCAUGAUAACUACGGUAUCGACGACAUCCACCUCCUCUUUUACAUACCGGCUCCAGUCAAAGAGUGUGGUCCUAUCGUACGACGGGCAGAGGCCCGCGAUCUGCAAUUCGAGGGCUGGGCACCAAAGGCCAUCCCGGAGGUCAUGACACUAUGCCUUGGUGGGCCGGAAUGUGACAUUGCUGCAUCUCUUGUCGACGAGACGUUGCUGCUGGAACAUGCAAAGCAUGUCGAUCAGCACAAGCUCAUCCCAGUCUUGCGCCCUCAUGCAGAGGAUAGAGGAACAUCUUGGCUUUACAAGUCUGAAUUUGUAUGGGUUGGGCACACCGAGCGGAACCCAGGUGAACAGCCCGCCUAUUAUCGUCAUCGCUUUGGUGACGAAAUUCAGUGUCAGAUUAGUGGAACAAGAACUGUGGUUACUCAACGCGGAGUCAUCGACCUCGAGCCAGGAGACUAUAUCUGCAUUCCCACUGGUGUCCCUUUCACUGAUAUUGCUCAUGAGAAGACAAUGUUCAUCUCGAUACUGACUCACCACGAGUCCCCGCCGGUCGCUCCAAUCACGAAAACGGCACGUCCAGCGACAUUUGCAGAAAUCCAGAAGCUGAGAGGCGUGCAUCUCAGGAAUGGAGAAUGA